UUUCCACGUACCGUUUCGGUUCUAAGAAUAAAGUUGAUUCUAUCUACUGUGUACCGAAACGUUAAAAGCCACAGUGAAUUGACAGCUCGUUCAGUAGGACCCAGAUCUGGACGACUGCGUUGAUGUUGGAGACAUUGUUGCGUUAACGAGAGUCUAUCAUUUCACGAUGUCUGUGGUUGGUGUUGACGCCCAGUGGGACUGGUGGCGUCGCGGGGCUGCUCUUUCCGUCGUCUGUGGGGGAACUGUUAUCUGGGGCAUUUGGAUAUAUGUGAAAAAGCAGUGGUUUUCUCCACUCAACAAGAUACCUAGCCGGCCGAGAGAGAGCCUCUUCUAUGGCAACAUGGAGGAGUAUUUCAAGGGGGACAAGAUGGACGUUUACACGGAGUGGAUGCGAGAAAUGGGGACCGGCGUGAUCCGCUACUUCCACUGCAUGUGCGAGCAGCGGGUGAUGAUAGCUGACCCCAAGGCCAUGUACCACAUCCAAUACACAAACAGCACCAACUACGUCCGACCCAACUAUGUCAAAACGGUUCUGGAGCCAGGGAUAGGUAUGAGUCUGUUGUUUAUGAAUGAUGAGGAGCAUUCGGUUCACCGCCGACUGUGUGGCCAGGCGUUCAAGACGACGGUCCUGCAGAGGUUGAUCCCAGCUAUGCAGACACACGGGGAAAGGCUGGUUGACACUUGGACAAAAAAGACUAGGAAUGUAGGAGAGGGGUUGGUGGAAGUGGCCGAGGAUCUGAGUAAACUGACGACGGAGAACAUUGCCAAGUGUGGGUUUGGGGUCAAAAUGUGUGACUUAUCAGCAUCUCACGAAGACGUUGCAAAAGCUUUCAACGGUGUUUCCAAAUAUAAGCCAGGGAAACUGAGGUUCCUCUGGGCCAAGCUCGCCAUGAACCUGCCAACUAAAGCAAACAGGACGUAUUCAAGAAAUCUUAAAGUUUGCGACAAGAUAAUUGAUGAAGCAAUUCGCAUCAAACAGGCCGCCAUCGACACAGAAGCAGUUGAGGAGGAUGGUAUGAAAGACAUCCUGAGCGUCCUGAUGCUCGCCAGGGAUGAGGAGACAGGCCAAACACUCUCCAGGAAGCAACUCCGGGAUCACGCCAUGUUUUUCUUUGCUGCUGGGAUUCAGAAUACGGCCACCUGCAUGUCCUGGUGUCUCCUGGCGCUGGCCACGAGACCGGAAAUACAGGAACGAGUCAGGUCAGAGGUCACCAAGCACCUGCCUCCUAGAGGAGAGCCAAUCACAGACGCCCAUCUCCUCGAGUUGAAGUAUCUGGACUGUGUAAUCAGAGAGACCUUAAGGUUCCAUCCCGUCAUCACCAACUACAACAAACAGGCCGUCAAGGACGACACCAUCAACGGAUACAGCAUUCCCGCCGGCACCAUCGUCACUCUGUGUGUGGAGGCACUACACAGAAAUCCCGACAACUGGGAGGAUCCUGAUGAAUUUCAGCCCGAAAGGUUCCGUCUCCAGGAUAAUAGUCAAGAGAAAAACCAAAAAUGGCGUCCGUUUGGAGCCGGAAAGAAGAUGUGCCUUGGCUACAAGUACGCCAUGAUGGAGAUGAAGGUGACCUUGGCCUUGCUGUUACGUGAUCUCGAGUUCACGAAGGAUGACACGGACUACGGCAGAAAGAAAUGCAUCACAAUGUUUCCCGAUCCCCCGCUGACGUUGCAGACGCGCCUCGUCAAGAAGUGAAGGUCGUGGCCGAGUUAAAAAUCCUGUUUAUGAGACAGUAUUUCAAUAAGAAACAGGUUUUGAGUGAUUCAAAUGCUAAACCUCACGAAAACGUUUGGUAUGUGUAUCUCGAGUUCGAGAUAGACAGUCUAAGGCAGCAGGGACCGCAGUAAAGGUUCGAGAUAUGUGUACAUUCGAGAUAACAGAUAACCUUCGACUGUAUUUUGAGCAUUUUGUAUCACCUCGGAGGUACAUAGUUUCAUUUUUUAGGUUUGGCCUCGGUGAGAAGUAGAGUUAUUGUGUUGUAAAUAGUGAAUACGGUACUAAUCGUUGUCUUGUGUGAGAACAAAUGUCUGAGUCGACAGAUUAGAGCCUGUGAGCCGUUUACUGUGGUAAACACAAUGUGAUAAGCGACUCAUCUAAAUAAGCCAUUCGUCAGACAAUCACCACGCCACACACCUGUCAGCACAUCAUAAGCAAUACAGCUUUGUACAAAUGUAUAUCUGUUGAUGUUUCCAAGAUAACCCCCUGAGUAUAAUCGACACAAAUUGUCUUCCCUAACAUUUUAUCAUUGAUUUGGGUGAAAAAAAACCCGACUUUCUCAACGACUUGUUUAAAAUGUGUAUCUACACAAACUGCUGCGGCAGUUUCCAUAAGAAAUUGUGUAUAAAAUGCUGUAAAACUCACUUUGAAUUUAAAAACAAAUUGGGCCCACCUUCAUCGCAUUUAAAAGUUGAAAAAUAACGGGUACAAAGUGACAUUUCGAGUCCUGUUCUAGGUUGUCCUUGAUUACCACUGUUACAUCCGGUUGAAUUGAGUCAAGUUGCCACUAGUGUUGCCAUUACUGAGGGUUCUUGAAAUUGUCAAACAUGAACGAAGGUCAUUUGCUAAACAAAGUGGACGCUCAGUUUGAGCCGACUCUCGGAAUAUAUGUAAAUACUGAAAGUACCUUUCGCCAAACAUAUUAACCAGACAACGGGUAUAAAAUACCUUGUGUGUGUGUGCGUGCGUGCGUGCGUGCGUUUACCUAAGCGCAUGAUUCUUUGAGUAUCUCUGAUUGAUUUUCCAAUAUGUAAAUACUGAAAGUACCUUUCGCCAAACUGAUUAUGCAGAGAAGAAUUAAGUAACACGCGUGUGCAUGUGUGUGCGUGUUAAAUUGUGUGUACAUGUAUAUAUGUAUAAAUGUGUGAGCGCAUGUGCGUGCGUGUGUGAAUGUCUUUGCGUCUGCCAAAGUAAAAAAAUUAUUCAGACCUGCGUAUAUAUUGAAAUCCCGUGAAUGUGUUUGUUUUUUUAACGUUUUUAACAUUGUAAUCUCAUCAAGCAUUUCUUGCAGAAAACAUGGUUUUACUUUACAUGCCACUCCUUCUUCACAGCAUUGCUCUGUAAUAAUAGCAUUACAAGCAUUAAUCUUUUUAUAAGUUUCCUUCAUGUGAAAUUUUACUUUAAGUGAAAUUACACUUAAAUAGGUUCGCUGUGCCAGUUAAAUCUUGUUUAUUCGUAGUGUGUUAAUGUUUUGUUUAUUUACAGUUGAAUAUAUAUAUAUUUCAAUAAUUUGCCCAGUAUAUCAAUAUUGAUUUUUUUAUUAAUUUAUGUAAUAUUAGAUUUUAUACGAGCAUCACUUAACAUUGUCGCUUGUGCCAAUAGGUUGUGCCAAAUGGGGUUAAUCAAUGACGAUAAGCCUGUGAUAUAGUUGUACCAAGUAUCUUGAUAGUUUUGCAAUAAAUCAUACUUUUCAACACCUGUGAUAAAAUCUUUGCACUGGCUUCCUGUUCAAUACCAAGUUGACUUCAACGUUCUCUGCAUAUGGUUACAAUGUGUGAAGCCCAUUUCUGGUGUCCCCGCGCUGUGAUAUUGCUGGAAUAUUGCUAAAAGCGGCGUAAAACUGAACUCAAUCAGUCAAUAAUAUCACACCUGUAACACAGGCUUUGUUCAUGGUAUGAAUACAUUGUAUGAUACCCUGUGUCUGUUUCAUUUGAAGAUAAUAUGAACGUCCAAGAUCUGUAUAUGCAAGAAUUCGAUUAAACGUAUUUCCAUUU